CCCCUCGCCAACCACGACUCCAGCGUCGUGAUAUCCUAUGAAAUCAGCCGCUAGCAACCCCCGGCCGCCAGCUCGACCGCCGCCUGAGGGGGCGGCUUCCCUCGAUUUCAUCAACCGCACGCUCGCUGAGAUAUGCUCCUACGAUGACGACUUCACGUGUGACCCUCCCCGCCGCUUCUUUGCUCUCGUCCGUCGUCUACAACUGCUCUUCCAACAGGUCGCCGCCUUCGCGGACCUCUCGUCCCCGCCGGUCAUUACAGCCAUCCGCGGAAUCGCCGGCGACCUCGAAGCCUCCCGCGCCCCACUCUUCGCCUAUGGUCGUCCAAGCCGCAUCCUAAUCCUUAUCAACUGCGAACCCCUCUGCGCCUCCCUCCGCUCCCUUGCUUCUUCCAUUUCUUCCUCCCUCAACCUCUUCGAUUCCCCUCUCUCUCCCUUCCCGGACCUCCGCAAGAAGGCCGCCGAUCUCUCCCGCGAUUUUGCCUGCUCGGAUAUAAGACUGACGGAGAAUGAGGACAGGGUUUACCGGACAUUGCAGAAGGAGGCGGAGGUGCGGUCGAGCAGUAAAGCGGUGCAGAGCGCCAUCAUCAUGGACAUCGCCCGAGCGCUGGGAAUUGACCUCUGCGACCACGGUAAGCUCUCCGAGCAUAUCCGGCAGCUUAGAUCUGUUAUUUCAUCUGGCUUGAGCUCGGUCACUGAGCGCAAGAUCCUGAUGUCUCUUGAGAAGAUCUUUGAUAGUUGGUCGACUGAGACCUGCCUCACGACCGCAUCUGUGGACGAGGAUUUUGAAGAGAAUGCUCAGAUCCCUCCCUUCAAGAGCUUCAUUUGCCCUCUUACUAAGGAGGUUAUGAAGGAUCCUGUGGUGCUGGAGUCCUCGCAGAACUAUGAUCGUUCCGCCAUUCUUAAAUGGUUUGAGAGGUGCAGGGAGGAUGGAAGAGUUCCAACCUGCCCUAUGACCGGCCAGGAGCAGGUCUCAUUGGAGUUCAAGCGGAAUAUUGGGCUUGCUGGGGCUAUUGAGGAGUGGAUUAAUCGAAAUAUUGAAGUGCAGAUAAAAGUUGCAUUGCAAUACCUUGGUGAAGGAGGGCUUAGUUCAGCGGAGAGUGUGGAGAAGGUGUUGGAUAGUAUAUACAGAAUCUCGGAGGAGCAUCCUGAAAGUAGGUAUAGGGUGAGAAAUGCUAGUAUUGUUAAUCUUGUGAUUCAAAUGCUGAAGGAACAAUCGAAGAUGAUGGGGUCACACUUGCGGUGGAAAGCACUCAUGGCAUUGCAUAGCAUGGCAAGGGAUGAAGAGAGCAAGCUUAUAAUGCUUAAAGAAGGUAUCACUCGUUUGGCUAUACGGAGCCUUAGCGAAACUUCUGAGAAGGAAAGAGAGUUCGCAUUAAGAAUAUUGCUUGACUUCUCAGUUGAUGAGGAAUUUUCAUCAAACUUGGCUUUAGAGAAAGGGGCUUUAUAUCUUCUCACGAGCAUCGCUGGAAAUUCAAAUCAACCUGCAUUGUCUAAUUUAGCUGAGGAUGUGCUCAAAAACAUGGAAAAAGUUGAAGGAAAUAUUGAAUAUCUAUCUAAAGAAGGAAGAUAUCAACCAUUGCUUAGUCGACUUUGUGAAGGUUCUGAAGAUGUUAAAAUGGAGGUUGUGAAACUUUUGGGGAAGAUGAAUUUGACAAACAGCGGCAAAAACUACAUUGCUAGGAAAGGAGGUAGAGUUUUGGUAGGCAUGCUUUAUUCCGAUGUUGAAGGAAUGGAACCAAACUUGCAAGCGCUUUGCAAUCUAGCAUCACUUGGUGAUAAUGCUGCCGUCCUUGUCAGUCAGGGUCUGCUCCCAGCACUUACAAAUAUUCUCUUUACAAAACAGUUGGGUGAUUCUUCGAAGGAGUUGGCAGCAUUAACAAUUGCCAAAAUUGUAUCGAAUCCUGGGCACUGGGAGUCAUCAUUUGCUGACAAUGAAGGUCAUGAAAUGCAGUCAGCUUUCAUCAUCCAUAAACUUCUGGGACUUUUAGACCUUGUGUCAAGCAAAUUUCAAGCUGCUAUUCUUCUUACGCUUUGUGGAGUCACAACUUCUCCAAAAGCCUCAGAUACGGCAGCCACACAUAUAAAAAGUGGCAAUGGCAUAAAAACAGUCCUGCAAUUUCUUGAGCAUUCUGAUGAGCCAUGUAGAGCUCAUUCUUAUAAGCUUCUGAGUCUAUUAUCAGAAAAAAUGGGGCAAUUUACUCUUGAAGAGUUCAGGGCUUCAGGAAAACUUUCAUUUCUCAAAGAAAUAUUACUGAAUGCUCAAUGCCCACUUGGUGAAAAAACUGAUAUUGCUUGUAUCCUUUCAAACCUUCCAGUUUCGGACAGUGAGGUGAUAAACAUCUUAGGUCCAGAUCUUCUGAUAUGGUCAGCCAGUCAGGUUAAGAUGCAGAGUUCCAAUUCUCUUGGAAAAAACUCCAAGGACUCUAGAAACAUGAUAGAAGGUCUUCUCAGUCUCCUUCUACACUAUGCAAGGAAUCAUGACCCAAAAAUAAUAUCCCUAAUUCAAGAAACUCACUUCAUGGCCAUUUUCCUGGAACAACUCAAUAACCAUUCAAGUCACAGAGCAAAACGUCUUGGAGCUCUUGGUUUGAAGUACCUAUCUGAAUCAGCUAGCCUUUCAUCUGCAAGUAGAGACUCAGAACUUCAAGCUCCUACUGGGUGCUUCGCUCACUUUGUCUUGCUUUGUGGCAAGCCUCCUAUGGUUCCUACCCAAUGCCCGUUUCAUAGUGUGGUGUGCACUGAUGGUAGUUCUUUCUGCCUUCUGAAAGCAAAUGCAAUCAAGGAGCUGAUUGAUCUGAUGGAUGAUGACAACGUUGACGUGCAGUUAGCAGCUGUUGAAGCGCUUUUAACACUUAUUCCAAACACUCAGACUUCUGAAAAAGCCGCUGAAAAGCUAAAGGAGCUUGGCCUUUUCAAGGAGGCAAUUCUUCUUUUCAAAGGACUUGCUCCAGGAGAGCUUCAGGAAAGAGUGGCGUUGAUGUUGGACAGAUUUUUGCAAAAGAAGAAACUGGCUGAACUGUGCUUUACGGAUUCAGAUCUGGUCAAGGCAUUGGUAGAAGCACUCAAGCAUGGAACUGCAAACACAAGAGCCUAUGCUCAGGAUGCCCUUCAAAAUUUAAAUCAAAUAUCAGGCAUUGGGGAUAGAUUCUCAAGAUGAAGCCAUCAAAGUAAAGCCAACAAGAUGUAAAUUUUGCACUCUCAGUCCUCGUUUGGGACGGCUUUCUUGCUGCUUCUUCUUAAAGCAGCUCUUUAAUACAAAAAUUAAAAAUUUUGUACUAUAAAGCUAUUUUAAGAAGCAGUAAGAAAGCCGUCUCAAACGAAACCUCAGUCUCAGUUCAGAACUAAAAAUGAAAAUGAUAAUGGCGUCUGGUUGCAGCAAUGUGUGAAGAUUUUGCUCAAAAGUAGAUAUCUGAUUUUCUGCUGGGUAGAGAUGUAAGGAUGGAGAAGAUUAUUUUAUGGUGCAGUUUAGUAUUUAAUUUGUAUAUUUUUGUUCAUCUGAAAUAAACAAUGUUUAGGAAUAUUAAUAAGUUUGAGAGAGAAGCUCUCAAUUUGGGCGAAUUAUUACUUCUGGUCACCGGACGUCCGGACAUCCAAUCCAGACGCGCCACGUCACCCAAAUACACCGGGGCCCGGUGUAUUUGGGUGACGUGGCACGUCUUGAUUGGAUGUCCGGAUGAAUCCGGACACCGGACGUAAUAAUUUGCCCUUAAUUUGAGGAGUCCAUGGAGAGACUAAUCUUGUUUCAUUGCUAAUAUGGCGUUGCUGGCAAUUGUAAAGAUUCUUACCUGUAAGAAAGUAGCCCAGCUAUCAUUUUCAAUCUGUUAGCAGUUAAAAGUUCCUAUAAGAAAUUCUUCUUUAUAAUAUAUUGUGAUUACAAUUC